UCUCUUCUCCUGAAAUCGCUCAGAGAAAAAAGAAGGCGGAGAGAGAGAGAGAGAGAAAAAAGGAGCAUUUUUUUUCCUCUCUUCGCUUAAAUCUCGAUCGAUCGAUUUCGAUCAAUUCCGUUGCCGUUUUGAGUUUAAUUUUAGGGUUUCACGUAUGAGCUGGUUUGAUAAGCUCCGCUGCUUGUCGGAUCCAAGCCACUUCAUGAACGGGCUCAUGAUCUUCAUCCUUUACCACACCCUCAGCUUGAUUCCUAUACGUUCUAAUUCCUCUAAUAAACACUUUAAAUCUUAAGCUCUUUGUUCCCAAUUCGAUCUGUAAUUGUUUCGAUUCGAUUCAUCGAUCUGUUUCUUCGUCGUCGUUGGCGGCAAUGGCGUCCAAGGGCUUCACCGGUUGCGACGAUUUCGCCAUCGGCGGUUCUUUUCUCUCUCAUAUUGAGCUCUCUCACUUUGAGAGACAACAAGCUUCUCCACCUUCUGUAAUUGUGAUUGGUGGAGGAAUUUCUGGGAUUGCAGCUGCUCGGGCGCUUUCUAAUGCUUCUUUUAGGGUUACGUUGUUAGAAUCACGGAGUAGAAUUGGAGGGCGUGUCGAUACUGAUUAUUCUUUUGGCUGCCCUGUCGACAUGGGAGCAUCAUGGCUUCAUGGUGUUUGCAAUGAGAAUUCCCUGGCUCCUCUGAUUCGAGUUCUUGGCUUAAAAUUGUACCGCACAAGUGGAGAUAAUUCUGUUUUAUAUGACCAUGACCUUGAAAGCUAUGCACUUUUUGACAAGGAUGGACAACAAGUUCCUCAGCAGUUAGUCAUUGAAGUUGGAGAGUUGUUUGAGAGGAUUCUCAAAGAGACAACGAAAGUAAGGGAGGAACAUACUGCUGACAUGUCUAUUCUUGAAGCCAUUGCCAUUGUUUUGGAUAGAAACCCACAGUUGAGGCAAGAGGGUCUGGCAAACGAAGUAUUGCAAUGGUAUAUCUGUAGAAUGGAAGCGUGGUUUGCUGCAGAUGUGGAUAAAAUAUCGCUACAGAAUUGGGAUCAGGAACAUGUUUUAACUGGGGGUCAUGGACUUAUGGUGCAGGGUUACUAUCCUGUAAUUAAAGCUCUUGCAAAGGACCUUGAUAUCCGUUUGAAUCAUAGGGUCAAAAGAAUUAUUCAGCGCCCUAAUAGAGUAGUCAUCACCGUUGAGAACGGGACUACCUUCGUUGCAGAUGCUGCUAUCAUAACUGUUCCUCUUGGAGUUCUAAAAGCAAAUCUAAUCGAAUUUGAACCUAAGCUUCCUGAUUGGAAACUCUCAGCCAUUUCUGAUUUGGGCGUUGGAAACGAGAACAAAAUAGCUCUUCAUUUCAACAAAGUCUUUUGGCCUAACGUUGAAGUACUAGGAGUAGUUGCUCCCAACUCUUAUGCCUGUGGUUAUUUUCUCAAUCUUCACAAGGCAACGGGAAACCCUGUUCUUGUCUACAUGGCUGCUGGAAGUUUCGCUUAUGACAUCGAGAGGUUAUCUGAUGAAGAAGCUGUUCGCUUCGUUAUGUCGCAGCUCAAGAAAAUGCUUCCUGAUGCCACCGAACCGACACAAUAUCUAAUGUCGCGUUGGGGAUCAGAUCCAGACUCUCUCGGGUCAUACUCGUGUGAUUUAGUCGGGAAGCCUGCCGAUCUGUGCCAGCGGCUCCAGGCCCCAGUGGACAAUCUUUAUUUUGCCGGAGAAGCAACGAGCACAGACCAUUCUGGAUCUGUUCAUGGAGCGUACAGCGCAGGUAUUGAUGCUGCCGAAGAGUGUCGAAAACGUCUCUCAGUUCGUCAUGGCAUCUCCGACUUGUUCAAGAUCGUUUGCAGGGAGGAAAUGACUGAGGUCAUGGUUCCUCUGCAGAUAUCUAGAAUGUGAUAAUUAAGUUUCCAAUUUAUUAAUUAUACUCUUUAUUUAUGUGAAGACAGAUUCCUUUUUUUUAUUGUUGCUAUGGAUGUUUAGUUUAUGAAUGCAUUAUUAAUAAAAUUGAUCUUUUUAGUUAAA